GUGUGUGGUGUCCUUUAAGAGACUGCAACAGGCUCAGGGGAAUGCCAUUUACAAAUACCUCAACCAGUCAGAGAGUAGUAACAUCGGCAGGCUGCUACAGGCACUAACUGCACUACCACGCUAUGGCUACGUUUGGCAGUUUGCUGUCAGAGGAGCAGCUCCGGUGCCCCAUCUGUCUGGAUCUGUUCAAUCGGCCUGUGUCCACCCCAUGUGGACAUAAUUUUUGUGGGGACUGCAUAAGAGGAUACUGGCAGAGCACUGACAUGUCGCUUUGCCCCAUAUGCAAACACAAAUUCUACAAGAGACCAGAGCUCAAAGUCAAUACCUUCAUUGCCGAGGUGGCUGCUCAGUUCCGGACAUCUAGAGCCCAGGACAUUGAACUCAGUUCAGAUCAAACUUCAUGCAAAGUCUUAUGCGAUGUGUGUGUUGGAAGAAAGGUGCCAGCUCUAAAGUCCUGUCUGGACUGUUUGGCCUCCUUCUGUGAGACCCAUCUAGAACCACACCACGUCCUGGGGACCUUUAAGAAGCACACCUUGAUAGCCCCCCGCAUGAACAUGCAGGAGAGAGUGUGUGUGAAGCAUGAGAAACUGCUGAAGCUGUUCUGCAACAAUGACCAAACGUACAUCUGCCCCAUCUGCACCCAAGAAGAGCACUCUGACCACCACACUGUCCCCAUCGAAGACCAGGGCAGAAAAAUAAAGGAACAAAUUGGAGAGUUGAACGUUAAGGUGGAGAAGAUGAUCGAGGGUCGCAUUCAGAAAAUGGACAUGAUCCAAGAAGCCAUUGAGCUCAGCAGAAACAACUCACAAGCAGAAAUCAAAGAAGGUUUGCAUAUCUUCUCCAAACUCUUCCAGCUGCUCCAGAAAGACCAAGAUGAGGUGAGGGAGGCAAUCAACACAAAACAAAGGCAAGUGGAAACCAAUGCCAAAGGAGCUAUGUUAGAGUUAGAGCAAGAAAUAAAUGAGCUACGCCAGAGAAGCAUCCAACUAGAACAUCUGUCAAACAUUACAGACGAUCUGUACCUCCUAAAGAGUUUUCCUGCUCUGUCCCAGCUGCCUGUCACCAAAGACGGGUGUGAAACUGUCGUGGAAAGCGCUGUUUACGUGGGCACUUUGAGGAGAGCUGUCCGGAAAGUAGCAUCCAAGAUUGAUGAGACCGUUAAGGAUGAAGUUAAAAGAUUGUGCAGCACUGAGUUCCAGCGGGCACGACAUUAUGCUGUCAAUGUAACUUUGGACCCUGACACUGCUCAUCCAAAAUUGGUCCUGUCAGAAAAUUUGAAGCAAGUAUAUCACAAUGACAUGGCUCUCAAUGUACCAGAAAAUCCUAAGAGAUUUUACCCCUGUGUGAGUGUUUUAGGCAAAGAGGGUUUCUCAUGUGGCAGGUUUUACUUUGAAGUAGUUGUGAAGGGAAAAACUGAGUGGGAUAUCGGAGUUGGACGGGAAUCUAUGAACAGAAAAGGAGGAAAUACGUUGAAUCCAGAAAAUGGAUACUGGGCGUUAGGGAUGAGGAAUCCAAAGAGCUACUGGGCACUCAGUAGCACCCCAAUUGCAGUGCCACUGGUCACCAUGCCACAGAAAAUGGGCGUCUAUGUGGACAUAGAGGGAGGGCAGGUUUCGUUUUAUAAUGUGGAUUCUGCCAGCCACAUUUACUCUUUCACUGGUUACUCAUUCACUGAAAAACUGUACCCAUACUUUAACCCCCGUCGUAACCACGGGGGCACCAACUCUGCACCUCUCAUCAUCUCUUCAGUCGUAUAAACCUUGACAUCAUCUGAACAAUUAUCAUUUUGCUUUUUGCUUUUUACUUCAGUUCAACUCUCAGUUAUUUCUGUUUGUACUUUUUUGCUUCAAUUUUUCUGUUCACUAUUGCGUCCUAAAUUAUUUGCUCUGUAAAUGCUCAGAAGUCUUCCAGUCAAUGUGUAAACUGUGGAUGACUGUUCAUUUACAAUUACUUAACCAACUUGUGAAAUCCAGGGUUAAGACUCAUUUAUUAAAACUAGACAUGCUUUGACCAUUUUCAUGUGCUUAAAACUAAUAUGUCUUAGAGAUCUAAUAAUUUGUUUUACACUGUGAAAUAAAAAAAAUAAAUGUUUACAGACUGUUA